AACCAAACACAUACACCUUCUUGUUCCCUAUUGACACAAGCAAUCUAAUGUAAGAGAAUUGCUAUAACCAAACCAACCAAUAGAAUUCUUUCCUAUGGCCCAUCACCAUCCCAUACCAAUAAAAGUGCUUUCUCUAUAAACCAAAACAUAACCAACAAAACAAAACCACUCUCUCUCUUUCUCUCACAAAAAAAAUGUUUUCUUUUUCUUCAAUAUCUAAAGAGUAAAAGCAAGUCCAAAAUUGUUGCUUGUUGAAAACCCUUGAAGGAAAGUACAAAACAAUCAAACCCCAUAUUGAAAGUUUUCAUUUUUAAAACUUUAAUAUAGUAUAGUAGUGAUGAAGUGGAAGUAAGAGAGAGAGAGAGCGAGAGAGGGAGAGAGAGCGAUUCAUAUGAAGAGUAACGAGUAUUGUGGAAGAAAGAGUCAACCUGGGAAAGCCGGGAGAGUUUUUGUUGGAAGGUAUAUUGGAUUGCAUCCAUGAAAUCACAGUUGCACUUUCCUUUCCCAAUAGAAUGAGUGAUUCUCUUUACAAAGUUGAUACAACACCACGUCUUGCUCAAUGGAGAAUCGAAAACUUGGCUUCUUGCAGUUAUCGCAAAUCAGAUCCUUUCAAGAUUGGAAACUGGAACUGGUAUUUGUCGGUGGAGAAACACAAGGUUGUGUUUGUUAAAUUGUUUCCUGAAAUAUCCAAUGUCACAAGAGACAAUCCUCCAAUUGCAUCUUUUAUCAUGCGUGUGAUUAGUUCUGCUCUUGGAGAUCGCAAAGCUCUCACACAUCCAGAGAUAAAGGACAAAGUGAUCAAGAGCAACGAGGAUUUUGUUUGGUCACUUGAGGUUCCACUGUCUGGAAAAUUCAUCAUUGAUGUUGAUUUCCUUGAUUUGAAGAUUGCAUCCCCAGAUGGUGGAGAACCAUGCUCUAUAUGGGGUGGUGAAGGAUUUACGCAAGAGAGAUCGAAUGCAAAAGCGCUAGGGUCGCUUGGUAAAAUGCUAAGAAAAGGAAUCCACACGGACAUAACCAUCAAUGCUUCUGAUGGAAGUAUAGGAGUUCAUAGAGCUGUUCUCGCAUCUCGAUCACCUGUCUUCCAAAGCAUGUUCUCGCAUGAUCUUAAAGAGAAAGAGUUGUCGACCAUAAACAUCACAGACAUGUCAAUCGAAACAUGUCAGGCUUUUUUCAACUAUCUUUACGGGAUCAUCAAAAACGAAGAAUUUCUGACUCAUAGGCUGGCCCUUCUACACGCAGCUGAUAAGUACGACAUAUCUGAUUUGAGAGAGGCCAUCCACGAGAGUCUUCUUGAAGAUAUUGAUACGAAGAAUGUACUCGAGAGGCUCCAAAACGCGUCGCUAUAUCGGUUGACGAAACUGAAGAUGAGCUGCAUUCAGUAUCUUGUUAAAUUUGGUAAAAUAUUCGAAAUUCGGGAUGAUUUCAAUACGUUCCUCCAAAAUGCAGACAGGGAUCUCAUUUCUGAAGUCUUCGCCGAAGUUCUUGGAGCAUGGAAAGGAUAUUGAAGAUCUUGCAACUUCGAAGAAGAACAAGAAGGAUUUGUCUUAUUAAAUAUACCAAAGAAAUAGAUUAUUUGAAAUUGUUGUGAAAAUGUGAAGGAUUUGCUUUGAUGAACUUAAUUCUUUUGCUCAAUUGUAUUUUUUUUCCUUAUUUCCUUGUACAUAUUUAUAUCAUGCUGUUAAAUAUAUACCACAAGUGUAUUGUUUAAAAAAAAAACAUGUAAAUUAAACAAAAAAAGCACAUAUAUUUGUGAAUGGAAAUGAUUAUGAGUUCUUACA